AUGGCUGGGCGCAAGCACGACAAGGAGCCUGGCAAGUCUGCGAGCAUAGCACCGCCACAGAGGCUCGCGCUCAGUGACAAGACUGCACAAGCGGUCUUCGUCGACACAGAGGUACUGCUCGAGCCGGAGGUGAUUGGCCGGUCAGGAUCUGACGCUUACGGCUGGGCACGGGGGAAGUACUACGCUGUCGCCCCCUACGCGGAGGAUGGGGUGGUCUCCAGAUGCGGCAAGGAUGGGAAGGAGGUGGCCGUGAGGUUCGAGAUAAGGGACAUGACGGCUGGGGGGGAGGGGGUGCACCUCUCAGCGACGGAGUGCAAGAAGGUGCAAAAGAGCCAGUACUAUUUCUUCCAGGCGGUGGAAUUCCUGCUCCCCGGGAAAUUUCUCUUCAUUUUCUCGGCCAAGAGCACCAAGUACCCGGAUAUCGAGCCUGUGCAAUUCUCGGUAACUGUCAAGGCCCCGGCGUCCCUCAAGAAGUCCUCGUCGUGGACGUCCGGUGGCGCCGGGGCGGGGGCGGGGGCCAAGGUUAAGGGCGGCAACCGGUCCCCCCAUGGCAGUACCACCUCGGAAGAUCGAAACGGCGCGGCGGCGGCGGCGGCGGCGGUGGCGGCGGCUGUGGCGGCUGCCGAGAUGGCCGAGAAGAAGGACAAGCGGGAGAAGAACAAACAGAAGAAGCUGGAACAGAAGCUCAAAGAAGCCGGCGUCGGAGCGGGGGUGGCGGGGUCGGGGUCGGGGUCGGCGGUGGCGGCGACGACGGUCACUAAGACCAAGAAGGACACAAACAAGUCGGCAGAUGGAGGCGCCGCCUCGCGUGUCGGCGCCGCUGGCCUUGGCAGCACCCCUGUGCAAGGAACCGGCGACCGAAAGCGCGGCGGACCAGCAGGAGGGGACGGUGGAGUCUUCUCCCCUCGCUCCGGCGCGCAAGGAAAGUCGAAGAAGAAGGCCAAGGUCGGCGUCAGCGAACCAUCUUCGGCUGUCCGUGUCCAGGUGAAUCUCCAAGCCCCCGCCCGUACGAGUACCCCCAAGGUCAAGGCCCGAGGUGGUGUUCCCGCCGUCACCCCGGCCACAUCGUCGUCUUCUUCGGGAGUACGACCAGGUGGAGGGAGCGGGGCUGCAAUCGCAAUCGGCGGUGAUGGGGCAGGGGUAGGGUCCGCCGUGAGCAGCGGCAGCGGCAGCAACAGCAACAGCAAGGCCAACAAAGGGGGCAGUGGCGCGGGCGGCGCUCUUAAGGAUAAGGAAAAGGGUGGUGCCAAGGUGAAGGCUGCUGCGGUGCGGAAGAACUCAACGGGCGGCGGUGGUGGCGGUGGCGGCGGCGGGGCGGUAGCAGCAGCAGCGGGCGGAUCACCGGCCGCGGGAGCGGCAGCAGCGAAAUCGAAGGGGAGACAAAAGUCGCCUGUGGCUUUGGGUGCGGGGCAGCAGCGGCAGGACGGAGGGAAGGAGGCGUUGUCGGGGGGGGGCGUUCGGCGGCAGGAUGGAGCUUCACUCGUACCUGCUCCGGUAUCAGGAGGCAGCGGCUACAGCGGCAGCAGCGCCGCCACCAUCAAGAAGCGGCCUCGGCCUGAAGGCGGAGGCGGCGGGGUUAGCACUUCCGCAACACCUGCGGCGACAGCGGGCGCAGGGCCGAUCGCAGGGGGGGAGAGCGGCGGAGCACCAAAGAAGAAACAGAAGAAGACCCUGGCGCCCAGAAAAACGCCUGCCAAGAGCAGGGCGACGGGGGCCAAGGGCGGGGGGGCGGUUGGCGCCGCCUCCCCUGCUAGUGUGCGGCUUGGUAGUGCCAGUGGUGCCGCAGUGGCCGUGGGGGCUCCGCCGGGUGCCGGUCAGGGCGGGGGUGUCUUUCAAGACCUUGGCGGCGGCAGGGUGCCGUCGCCUUGGGCUUCGUCUGGACUGGCGAUAGUCCUGCCUGAACAACGGGAAGGUCCCAACUUGCACUUCGGAGGUCCUGGCCCUACGUCUUCUCCUGCGCCAAGCAAAAGCCAAGCCGGUGCCGCGGCAGGGGCGGGGGCUGCUGCGCCGUCGAAGACCGCCUCCAAGAAGACCAGCAAAACGAGUUCAGCAACAGCCAAGGGGACGCCCGGGAAAAAGCCUGCUUCCGCGGUAGCAAGCAAGGCCGGCGGCGGCGGCAACAACAAGUCAGCGAAGGCGGCUUCCGCCUCCGCUUCCGCUUCCGCUUCCGCCGCUGCAGCAUCGCCAGCUGCUGCUGCUCCUCCCAAGACCGGAGCUGAGUCCUCUGCGGCGACUGGGGGCAAGGGAGGUUCCGCUGUUGCAGCGGGCUCGCCCCUCCCGCCGAAGGUUGUGAGGGCCUUCAAGACAUCAUCGUCAGGGCCAGGGACUGCCGACAAGACCAAGGUCUGCAAUUCUUCGGCAGCAGCAGUGGGGGCGGCAUCACGGCCGGGGGCAGGAGAAAACGCCUCCGCCGCCGCCGCCGCCGCAGCUGUCGCCGCCUCCUCCUGUCACAAAUCUCCGAAAUGUCUUCUCAAGUCUUCGAAGAAAGUCUCGCCGUCUCCAGUGUCGAUUGGCCCGUCUUCCUCUGCCGCUGGCCCGCCCGGUUCGCCCAAGGCCGCCGCCAAGAGUAAGAGCAAGAGCAAGGCCACGCCGGGGUCGCCCAAGGCGAGCAAGCCCAAACCAGGCCCGUCGUCUCCACGAUCUGGUGGGGCUGGGUCUGGGCCCUCCUCUGCUCAGCCUGCAGCAGGAGGUGUCGCUCCCGGGGUCGUAGGAGAGCUCGUGCUGGCGGCGGCGGAGGCUGUCAAGACGGCGGCAGCGGCGGGCGGGGACGCGCCGGCACUAGUGGUCCCCAAGGGGCGCGGCCGGCCGCCAACCCCUGGCGGAAAAAACGCUAAGAAAAGGGAGUACUUGCUCCAGAAGCUGCUGGAGGAAGAGAUGGCGAAGGUCAACAAAGACGGUACCCCCGGUCCCGCUGGGUGCAGCGGUCCGUUUCCUCCCCCCUCCUCCUCCUCGGCCCAGAGCGAGAAGGAGAAGGCCAAGGAUAAGGACAAGAAGGAGGAAGACAGGGCGAGGGCGGUGGCAGCGGCAGCCGAUGCGGCGGACGCGAGAGGCCGACGGUCGAGGGAGCAGGAGGCGCCGGGCAGUCCCGCCGGCAAGCCUAGGAAGAAGGACAACAAGAAGGAGAGCAGCAAAAAGGAGAGCAGCAAAAAGGAGAGCAGCAAAAAGGAGAGCAAUAAAAAGGACAACAAGAAGGAGAAGACCAAGAAAGAGAAGAAAGAGGGAGAGGAGAAGGAGGGGGAAGAGAAAGCUGUGGAGAAGGUCAAGGACAAGGAUGAUGGCAAGGAGAAGGGCAAGGGGAAGGCCGUCAAGGCGAAGAGCGCUAAGGACAAGAGCACUAAGGAUAAGGGCUCCAAGGAUAAGAGCGACGAGGGCAAGGAUUGCGCUGGGGGGCACGCCGAUGGUACAGCCGGUUCCGACAAGAAAGCCACCGGAGAAGAGAAACCCCUCCCAACCCCGCCGGCUCCCAAAGGCAAGGGAAAACCCAAGAGCGUCGCCACUCCGGGUGAAGGGGAGGGAGUGUCCGACUCGGCUGCUGCGCCAGCGAGCCCCUCGGAGAAAAAGCGCGGUAGUGGGGGUGCGGCCAAGACACCUGGUUCCAAGGCUCCGUCAGUUGGUGGCGGGGGCGGCGAUGGGACCAAGGUUAAGAAGGGGAAGCAGGCGGCGGCGGAGGUGGGGGAUUCGGGGAGGGAGGAGAUUGACUUGAGGGAUGAUCCGAUGGAGGUGGACGAGGAUAAGGAUAAGCAGGAUGAGAAAGAGGUGGAAAAGGAAAAGGAGGUGGAAGAUGACCGGUGGUGGGUGGGCGGUGCCUGGGGCAAGGACGAGAAUCACCUCAUCGAGUUGGACGAGAACUUGAUGCAGGAGGGAACGCUACCGCAAACAUUCUCUUCGUACGAUGGGGAGUUCGAGGUGGAUAUUCCCGCGGGCCUGUUCGGGGUAAUCCUGGAUGAUACUCGGGCUAUCCUGGAAGAGGGCAAUCUCAUCCGCCUUCCUCGCACCCCUUGCGUGAGGGAGGGUCUGGAAGACUUCAUCUCUGCUUCGAGAGGCGACGACGUUCCGGGACGGGAGUUCAUAAAGUUCAUCGGCAACUGCUUCGACGGUCUUCUGGACACUCCUCUUCUCUUCCCUGCGGAACAAGAGCAGCUCGUACAGGCGCUCACCCACGCGGAGUCUCAGCUCAGGCUGGACAAGGAGCGCGAGCAAGAGCUGAGGGAUGAAGAGGCUAUCGACGUCGGGGGGGACGGGGACGGGGACGGACAGACGCUCCAGAGCUAUGCCGCAGCAGCAGACGCCGGGACGACUGGGAGCGGCGGCGGGAGCGGUGGCAGUCGUCCCAAGAGCUCGAAGAAGUCGAAGCCCUCGCGAGCAGACCGGGCGGGCGACUUGUUCAGCGACGCGGACGGCAUUUCGGCCAGCGAUAUCUACGGGCUUGAGCACUUAGUGCGGAUGCUGGCCGCGCUCCCGAGCAUGAUGGGCCCGUAG